AUGCGGCCUGUCAUACUUGGGCUUGGUGAGGGUAAAAGGCUAUCCGGAAAACAUAAUCCGAUAUGGUUGUUCCGGUUAAUGCCCCAAAUGUUGAUCCACCUAGGUGGUUCGAAAGCCGAGGAUGCUCCUCCUCAUAUUCCUCAUGUUUUACCACCUCCAGUUGUUGUUGUUUGUAUCGACCAGCGAGAACAUUUUACCACUAAACACAAGUUUCCAACACAGAAUGAUUUGUUGGAGUGGGUUGGAGAGAAAGCUAGGAAGCUUGGUUUUUCCACUGUUAUUGGUAAAUCUGAUAACGGUGGCAAUGGAAGAAGCGCAUUUGUUACUUUGAUAUGUGAAAGGGGAGGUUCAUACAUCGAGUACAAGAGAAAGAUUCGGCGCGAGAUAGCUGGUUCGGUUAAAUGCGAGUGUUCGUUUCGGCUGAGAGGUUGCUUGUUGACUCCUGGUGAAUGGAGCCUCAAAGUUGGUGAUGGUAAACACAACCAUGACAUGACAGAUGUGUUGAAAGUUCAUAAAACUGUCGGUCGUCUAAACCCAAAUGAACGUGUUCACCUUGAAGAGAUGGUGGAUUCAAACGUUCCUCCGAGGCAAAUGCUUACCAACUUAAAUAAGAGGAACCGUACCAUUUCAACUACUAUCAAACACGUUUAUAAUGCUUCUUAUAGGUAUAGGCGGUCCAUUAGGGGUACGAGGAAUGACAUGCAACAUCUCUUGAAGUCUUUGGUUGAUAAUGGUUACGUUUAUCAUUGUAGGAAGUAUCCUGAUUCUAAGGUUGUCAGUGAUGUUUUUUGGGCACAUCCAGAUUCUAUCAAGUUGUUUAACACGUUCUCCACGGUGCUUGUCUUGGAUUCAACAUACAAGACAAACAAGUAUCGUCUUCCAUUGCUUGAGUUUGUCGGUAACACCUCUACCAUGAAAACAUUAUCUAUUGCUUUUGCCUAUAUGAUGUUUGAGAGACAAGACAAUGUUUAUUGGGCGCUUGAGUGGUGUCGUGAGAUGUUGCACUCCAAAGAUCUCUAUCCCAAAGUAGUUGUCACUAACCAGGACAAUGCUUUGAUCAAUGUUGUGGAAUACUACAACAAACAGAGCUGA